CGCCUGUAAUUACCUGCAGCUGCGUCUGAGCGACGGUUUAACGCGCAGAUAGAAAAAGAAAGGUAGAAGGAAAGCAGUCUGUUGCGAUGAAAACAAAGUGGCAUCUCUAUAUUUUGUGGAGUGUUUUAUCACUUGCCCUCAUCAGCUGCGCAGUGGACACGAAUGAGUCUCCAUUUACCAGGAGGAAAAAGGUUUUCAAACUGGGACCCCCAAAAUCUAAAUCUAUCACAGAGACAACAACAGCAGACGGGAAAUCCUCUCAGAGGUUACCUGACAGCACUCCUCCACCGUCUCAGCCUGGUUCCCAAAGGCUCGUCUCUCCACCGACACCUGGGUCCUUGCGCUCGAGGGAGCACGCGGCAAAGAUCCGGUCGGACAUUGCGUACCUCCCAGACGUGUCUGUAACCUGCUCCACAUCUGACUUCGUGGUGCGGGUCAAGCCAGGUUUCUAUGGUUUGGGCGCAGAUGCGGAUGAGCUGAGAUUAGGCAGCUCGUGCAAAAGCAACGGGGUCCUCAGACCAUACGGGGACCUACUCUUUACGUAUCCUCUGACAGCGUGCGAUGCCGUGCGUCAGUCGUCCCGCGGUUAUCUCCUCUACAAAUUCGUGCUACAUUAUGAACCCUCGCCAAAGCGUUUCCCAAGCCGAGCGCAUAAGGUCAAUGUCGACAUUGAAUGCCGUUAUCCAAGGAAGCAUCACGUGCACCAACUGACUGUGCAGCCCACCUGGGAGACUGUUGUUGUGCGUAAAAGACUGAAAGGAAGUCCAAAUGACUUCCAGAUGGAGUUGAUGGAUGAUUCAUGGAGCGGACCAGCCACGUCCCAGGUAUACCAGCUUGGGAAGACAGUUAAUAUCCAGGUCUCUGGUCCUCAUCUUUCAACUGAUGGAAAACUGUACAUCAGUACCUGCUAUGCUUCACCAUCUAGUGGCUUUGGAUCAUCCCUGAAAUACACAGUAAUUGACAAUUUUGGCUGCAUGCUGGACAGCAGGAGAGAUCCAGGGGCCUCUCAGUUUAUCUCUCGCACAGACAAGACCCUGAGAUUCUCCCUAAAGGCUUUUCAGUUUACCUCUGACCCUGACACGGAGGUUAGCAUUCACUGCAAAUUAUUUGUCACAUCUGAUGAUCCAGGUCCUGCACACAAAUCAUGCACCUACAGAGGGAACAGGUGGAAGGCUCUCACUGGUGACGACUCUAUAUGUGAAUGCUGUGAUUCACAAUGUGUGACCAUCACACCUCGGAGAGCCAUGAUGGAAGGUUCUGUCAGCAGUGAGUCCUUGUUGGUCUCUGAUCAGCCGUAUGCAGCAGAUGGCUUUUUACCGGUCAGCAUGAGCAGAGAAGGAGAGGCCACGAUAUAUCAUUACAUCGAUGAGCUGCACAGCAACAGGGAAAGUGCAGACGUAGUAAAGUAUGUCGAAGAAGAAGAAGAAGAAGAAGAAGAGGACAGUGAAGCUAUCUUCAGAAUGAUGACAGAAGCUGAUUUAGAUGAGUUAGUGGAGGAGGUGAACGUGUCUGAAUUGAAGGAUUGGGAUCAGUUUGAAGAGGAAGGGUCAGGGUUUGUGAUACAAGAGAGUGAAGAGGAGGAGGAGGAAUUUGAAGGAGGAGACGGGAUCCAUGUGAAUCAGAAGGAGGCCGAAGUGUUGCGUCACUGGGUGCAGGUGGAGCAAAUGUUACCAACAGAAGUCGGCCCACAGAGAGAGUUACAGCCGCUGGUGUCUGAAAGUGAGGAAAAAAACAGGAAGCAUACAGGUAGAGGUGAAGAGGAUGACAUGAUGUUGGCCUCUGAGAUGGAGAGGAAGAACGAUGAGAGCUGGGCGGGUUUAGGGGAGGAUAGUGAGAUGACCUGGUACUUCACAUGGAGGUAGCAUUAGUUUACUGAUUUAAUCUGCUAAAAGACUGUUGUAAUGCUCCAUAACAGAAGGAUAUUCUGA